AUGACCGAUAACCAAGCGAGUGGCACCCCUUCGGUGCUUGCCACCCACACGAUCGAUCCAAGCCAACAAGAAAUCUCGCACCCGCCAAAGUCAUACACAUAUUACCAUGCCGGACCGCUCUUCACCAUCGCCGAACUGCACACAAAUGCUCUUCUUGCACAAGCGAUCCAAGGUCGCUCUUCGGGCAAAUUCAUCCCCGUCUUACCCCAGGAUCUGGAGCAGCGCGACCAGAGCCCUCAUUCCAUCCGGGACGAGGAUCUCCGUGCCCUGUUCUCCUGCGACAUGGCCCUGUUCACCUACGACGGUGCGGAUCUCGACCCCGGCACGGUCGUUGAGUACAUGGCCGCCAAAAUGGCCGAUAUCCCCGCUGUCGUGCUCCGGACCGACUUUCGCGGAGCGGGCGAUCAGAGCUUGAGGGGCGAUGCGUGGAACCUGAUGAGCUCCAACUGGCCGAGGACGGUGGGUGUGGUCGUGCACGCGAUGGUGGGCUACAAGACCAGUCUCCAGAGGGCCCAGGCUGGAGCGGAGGGGAGUCAAGAUAUGGUGAGGACGGUGGGCGAGUACAUGAUUGAAGACGUCGCCCAGAAGGUCGUGGAUGCUUUUGAGAAGGUGUUGAAGGAACCCCCGAGAAUGCCAAAGGAGUUGAGGGAAAGUGUGUAUCAGUGGCUGGCUUUGAUGCCCGGGUUCAGGGACGGAGGCGACCAGCAUAACCUGGAGUUUCUGGCUAAGGUGUGUAAGGAGAAGCAAUCUAGAGGUUUAUUAUGA